GAGAGAAGAUUUUGGGGGAAAACUGUUUAUUUUGGCAAAAUUGGCUCCAUGAUCUGCUGGCCUUGUUUUGAGGCACACAUAUCAAAGGUCUGUUUCUUUUGGGAAAUUGAUGUGUGAAUGUUUAACUUGCUGGCCGUGGCCUCUCUGUGUCACCAUUGAGGAUAGGGAUUCUAGAGUGACUCUAAGUACACAGGCAGACGGAGAGAAAUAAACAGAGAGAGAGAGAGAGAGGGAGACUGCAAAUGGGAGAUGAUGAACACACAAGAGUGAGACAAUGAUUAAGAAGCAGCACAUCUUGGAAAACUACAAGUCAACUGCCAAGUAAACUCACUGGAAAUUAUAUUGCUGUACUGAAUGCCAUUCAGAGAAAAAUCUUGGAAGUGCAACAUUUUUUGGAGGUAGCUAGCUCAUAAACAUUGGGGUAAGUUUCACAAGAUCUCCCCCACUUUUUCUUUGAUGUUUACAGUGACUCAAAGAGGAUACAAAGUGAUCCAACAAAGAAUUUCCCAAAAGAGUAAGGACAAAAAAAAAAAAACAGAACAAAAAACAGCUCAGAAAAUAUUGAAGAUGGCUGUCGCUGGCAUAGAACUGCUGGGAUUUUUCCUGGGCCUUGUGGGUAUGAUUGGCACUCUGACGGCCACGGUGUUGCCCUACUGGGAGAUCUCUUCGCACAUUGGUGCCAACAUUGUCACGGCCGUGUACAACAUGAAGGGGCUGUGGAUGGAAUGUGUGUACCAGAGCACCGGUGCCUUCCAGUGCGAGACCUACAACACCAUCCUGGGACUGAGCACCAACCUGCAGGCAGCACGGGCCAUGAUGGUCAUCUCCGUGCUCUUCUCCGUGCUAGCCUGUGCCGUGUCCACCCUGGGCAUGCAGUGCACUGUCUGCAUGGACGGCUCCGCGGCCAAGGUGCGGGUGGCCGGGGCGGGCGGGUGCCUGUUCCUGACGGCGGGACUCCUGGCGCUGAUCCCAGUGGCGUGGAAGACCCAUGAAGUGGUGCAGACGUUCUACACGCUGCACCUGCCUGACAGCCUCAAGUACGAGCUGGGGGACUGCCUGUACGUGGGCAUCGCAUCCUCCUUGCUGUCCAUGGUGGGCGGUGGGCUGCUCAGCGUCUCCUGCUUUGACGAGAUCGACGGGCCCGGGGGCAUGAGGGGCGUGCGGAGGCCCGGGGGUGGGUAUCCGUACCCGCAUGGCAGCGGGAUGGGCACAGGUGGUGGGGGCGCCCGUGGGGGCGGCUCCAUGCCAUUGCGGAGUCCGAUUGCCCCUGCCGCUGCCACCAAGGGCAACACGCUCAGCCACAACAGCACUAGUAGCCAUUCCACCCAUGUCGCCAUGCAAGGCUCCCGGAAGUCACCGCGGCAACAGGCAGCCCCUGGCUAUGAUGUUACUGGGUAUGUGUGAAACUGAGGAUCUCAGCCACCAUUCAAAAAAGAAAAAUGAUAAAAGAAAAGUUGUGUCAAUGGACUGGAUUUUGUGUUUGGACUGGCGCCAUUGUUGGUAAAAAAAAAAGACUUGCUGUACUGGAGGGAAUGUGACUGUAAUGCCUUUACCGAUGGCUGCUUUGAACCAAAGCACAGAGGAGAGAACUCUGUGCGCUCAGACAGUCCUGUGGCUAAUACACUGCACAUGAACUGCAGAGAGAGACUGACGAAACAUUCAGCUCACAUAACUACUCUGGGCAGCAAUGCAAAACAUGGCCAAAAUUCUUGUAAAAGAGGUACAGAUAAACUUUUGGUUACAAUUGAACUCAGCUUAUCCAUAUGCCUUUCAAAUUGGGACCGCCUAACCACUGGCAGAGAAGUAUUGCUGUGCCCAGAUGACAGUUUUUAAGUCCAGGUGCGUUGGAACCAAUAAUGUGAAGUGGAGGCUGUAAGUGGUUGGCACUCUGAAAAAAGUGACUAGACAAAGUCUGGCAGAAAGAAGCAACUAGUUUUAAUAGAGAGCAAGACCAGAUGUUUCAGCCAUCUGGAUAUUCUGAGAAUAGUUGCUAGUUGCUCCUUUUUGCAAGACUUUAGUCACUUUUUUUCAGAGUGCUAACCACUUACAGCCUCCACAGCCUAACCACUACAAGAUUGUCCAGAGCUGCUCAACUGGGGACAGCCAUGUAAACAGGGCGAGUCAUGAGCAUACAUUUUUCAUACAUUUGUUAUCAUUUACUUUUCAUACAUUUGUAAUCAUUUACAAUGUUGAGUGGUCAUAAAUAAUCAUAUGUGUAGUCAGUCGUCAUGAUCUUGAAUAUUUUAUGCACCUCAAAUACAGUAGUUAAGAAUAAAGAGAUUGUGGGAUAAUCAGCAUU